AUGUUAGGUGCAUUACUCGAUUACUCCAAUAAAACAGUUCUUGUACCAUGCCUAAUUAAAACUGACUAUCCCAGAACACUAUUAAAAUGGCUGAGCUCAGUUUCAAACCAAGAACGAUCAGACUAUGUUGAAUAUGUAGUUGGUGUGAUUUAUAAUAUCAGUCGUCAUGAUAAUGGCAUACAAGUUUUAAAUUCUCUUAACACUACAGAUAGAAUCAAAGAAGUUCAGACGCAUAAUCAAGAUCCAGAAAUAAAUAUUAUUUGCUCUAUGAUUAUGGCUCUCCUGUCAACACCUGAACAAAUUAAAAAUGAUCGUAAACGAAUGAACAAUAUACUUGAUCAAUUGUUACAAAUAGUUGUUGAUGCAUCAAAACAAUCACUCAGUUAUUUACAUGGAGGGUGGCACAUCUCAGAACCAUUGAUCGUUUUAGUGAGAUUAAUUUGUUAUGAACGUACACUUGAUUACAUCUUACAGCAUGCACAAGUUGAAUUCGAGACAUCUUCAACAACUGAAUUUUUGAUCAAAAUAUUAUUGAAAUUCUACAAAGAAGUUAGUGCCGAUGAUCCUCUCAAACUAUCAACUUGUACAGCACUCUGCAAUAUUCUGUGGAGUAUUUCACUUCGUCCACAGUAUAAACAAGAAUUACAAGAAAAUGAAGAAUUCAAGAUGUUGAUUGAGAAAAUAGCUACUGAUAAAGUUGUCCCUAAUUCUACUCAAUACGUACCAAAGUAUAUUGAAAAUAUUCAGAAAGCUGCUGACGGAAUUCUAUGUAAUAUCGACGACAAUAACCAAAUCAAUAUUUCAAAUGUGACAGCAAGUGAGCGAUGUAAAUCUGUAGUUAAUGCAUUAGUUCCACGUACGUUAACAGACAAAAAACCAUCAAUUAUGAUUAGUUAUGCCCAUAGUGAUAACGAUGUUUGUACACAGUUGUACAAUGAAUUAGUUAAACAUAAUCAGCAAUUUGAUAUUUGGAUCGAUUGGAAAAAUAGCAAGACAGGGUAUUUAUGGGGUAAAAUAGCUGAUGGUAUAGCAGAUUCAAGUGAAUUUGUCUAUGCACAUGAUCAUCUCAAAAAACCAGUGAUACCGGUUUAUAUUUUGGAUGAUAAACCACCUGGCUGGCUAGCAAUACAUACAUGUGUUAUGAAAUACGUUCGUUUUCGUAAUAUAAAACAGCUGGAACAAGAGAAAUUAACAGAUUUAAUUGAAAUGAUCGAAGAAAACUUAUCAGGAACAAGUGCUCAAUCAAAUAAAGAUUUGCUUCCACCCACUUCGGUGCCUUUUCAUCAUGAACUAUUAUCAGUUGUACAAAAACCGAAAGAAGAAGAAAAAGAAGUGAAACAAAAGGUAUCAAAUGAAGAGUCGAAUUCAGGACCGAGAACUGAUCUUUCUCGAAAACCAGUUGAACAAUGGGAUAAAAAUGAUAUCAAACAAUGGUUUCAAGAAAAUAAGAUUUUAAUGGACCUAUAUAAGUUAUAUCAAUUCGAAGACGGUACUCAGCUAUUGAGUUAUGCGGCUAGUCUUUCAAAUGAUGAAAAAAUCGAAUUACAACGUCAGAUAUAUUCUGAUGAAUUUGCUGAACUGUACAAAGGUAAACGACUCUUACCACAUCAAUUUACAACGUUUGCCUAUGCUUUACGAAAAAUAAGUUCUGAACAAGUUAAAACUGAAACGAAACAGACUGUUAAUCAUCCUGCUACACAAAACUCAGCGGAAGCAAAAAACUCGCAAACGUGUGAAAUACUAUAA